GCCUGCGCCUGCGCACUGGCCCUCCCGCGGCUGGGACACCAUGGAGGCCCCCAGGCCCUUUUCCCCCGACUGGGCCGCCUACCCGCACCCCCGGGGGCCAGGCCGGGUUAUGAAGCUGUGGCUCCUCCUGCUGGGUUCCGCUUUGAACGCAAACUUUUUGCCCCAUGAAGAGGAUGUGGACUUCAUCAAUGAGUACAUAGAGCUUCACAAUGAGAUCCGGGGCAGCGUGGCCCCCCAAGGGGCUAACCUCCGCUUCAUGACAUGGGAUGUAGCUUUAUCACGGACGGCUAGAGCUUGGGGCAAAAAAUGUGUGUUUGAGCGUAACACUCAUUUAGAUGACGUACAGAUGGCCCAUCCUGCAUUUUAUGGUAUUGGUGAAAAUAUGUGGGUUGGCAAGGAAAAUGAUUUCACAGCAACUUUUGCUAUCAACAGUUGGUAUGAAGAGAGAAAAAAGUAUAAUUUUGAAAAUGGCAGUUGCUCUGAAAACUGUUCUAACUAUUUACAGCUUGUUUGGGACAGCUCUUACAAGGUUGGUUGUGCUGUUACUCCAUGUACAAAGGUUGGAAAUAUUGUACAAGCAGCACUUUUCAUAUGCAACUAUGCACCAGGAGGAACUCUGACAAGAAGGCCUUAUCAACCUGGAAUAUUUUGUACUCAUUGUGGUGCUCAUGACAGAUGUACAGAUUUUCUAUGCAGUAAUGCUGACCGUGACGAAGCCGUAUAUUACCAAUUUUGGUAUCCAAAGUGGGAAGUGCCACGGCCCAUUGUAUGUGAUCCACUGUGCAUAUUUACGUUGGUAUUGAGAAUACUAUGUUUUCUGAUAUGUGUUAUAAUUGUCUGGAUAGUGCAGCCUUAUUUUCCAAAUAUUUUAUUGGAAAAACAAAUGCUCUAUACACCAGAAGGAUCUGAAAUAAAGAAAGAAAGAAAAGAGAAAGACAAGAUAGACAAGGAAGAGGAAAUACAGGAAAAGCAACAGGAACGGGAAGAAGAAGAGGAAGAAAUAAAUGAAGAAGAAGAGGUGGAAGACUAAGUGCCACUAACAUAAGACAAAAAUAUAAUUUCACAAAGAGCUAAAAUUUAAAAAGUAAGCUUCAACAAGAAAGAAUAUAUCUAUAAGCUGCCAUUGUCACACUGCUAUUCCUUCUCUUCUCUAGACUUGUUCAAUUGGAAGAACAAAGAAGAAAUUGUAUCUUGUGUAGAAUGUAUUAAAGCAAAGUCUUAGAUAUAAAGUAAAAGAUGUUAUAAUAGAAAUACUGGAAAAGGUUUGACCUAAUUAAUUUUAGUUCACUAUAGAAUCCUGAUUGAUUAAGGAGGAAAUAUCCCUCUUUAAAAUGUUUCUAUCUCUGUGCUUUAAAUGUUUUUAAGUUAGUUAAUGACUUUUUUUCAAGUAUUAAAUAGAUUAUCAAUAUAGGCUGCUUAGGACAAUUCCAAGUUUACAAAAACCAUUGAAAAAUAUAAGGGAUUUCAUUUUAAUUAUCACUGUCAGUUAUUGCUGUUAAUGGUGAUACUUUCAUUUGAUAUCAAGGCAUCAAAUAACAUUAAUUUUCUUUGUGGCUUAUGAUUUUGGAAUGAUU